AUGACGUUCUUGCGCUUCUUUCUACUUCUGUCGUCGUCAGCCUUAAUCGUCUGGGGUGACCGAAAUGUUGAUUCAAAUGACCUCCUGAAGCAAAUGUUCGGAAUAACCAGAGAUGAGAGCAAAUCCAUGGAAGAUCUUCAACAGCGUUUCGUUGAUGAUCACGGGAAUAUUAACAAGGCCUACUUCCAAGGUAUUUCCAUUGACGGGGUGAAGCUCAUACGGGAAGUUACCAGCUGGGAUUCCCCGCAAAUCGCCUUAGAAGCCGUCCGCUCACUCACGAAGACUGCUGUAUAUCUGCUGCUUAAAUGA